CCUGUGAAAAUGAAGGUCGGCAGGCAUGUGGUUCACAUGUUUAGUCAAAUUUCAUGGUAACUGAAGACUUUUUUUUAUCGGUAGCAUAAUUGCAAUGGAACUAGGGAUCCCAGUGGUGAUAUGAAAUAAGAAGGUGUUGAAGUUGACUCUUACUACUGUACACUUUGAACAGAACGCGUGGGCUAAGCGACACUGUGAAUUGUCACGUACGCCAACUAGUCGUGUGAAAAACUGAGUGACAUGUUCGUUGUAAUAUGUACUUUUGUCACAUGGUAGUUGCUUCUUGUUAGGUAUCAAUAUAGUGUUUAGACAUGAGAAGGAUGCGUUAUAACCACCAGGUAUGGAUAGUCGACCUGAUCGGUACACAGCAAAGCCUGCAAGACACAGAUCGUUCGCAUUCUUCAUUGACGAAAAUGAUUCGAUUCGGCCAAAUAUACAAACUGAAUACAGCGUCAAUAAAAGAAGGCAUGCUUUGUAUAUUUUUGCAGUGUUGACAGGACUUUUUGUAGUUUUUACUUCAACAUUUCUGUAUGUAUUUGGACCCAUGGAUGAUGAGCUGUCAUCAGUAUCUGACACAAAACUACCACACCAUAUAUUCCGGCGAUCAACCUCCAACGGUUCUUUCGACUUAUUACACAUUGACCAAAAUAAAGCAGGAGAAUUUCUCAGGGAUGGCCGGGUUGCCGAUCAUUGUCACCUGCCUAAUGUUCCGGCCUUAGGAAUGGAAGAUGUCUAUAUGAAGGAAAUAUAUACUUUGGAGCAAGUUCAUGUUAUCUUGUCAUCAGGGGAGACAACUCCACAGCAAGUCCAUCCUGACAUUCCACUGGCUGACUGCAAUUACAACUCCUAUGGCUCUGGACCACUUGAAGAUUUUCCAAAUAAAGUCAAUCGUUAUAUCAGAGCAAACAAGGCACUUACAAAAUUUAUCAAUCACACCAUAUCACAUGAAAAGAAAUGUCCCCCAGGGCAGUUAUCUCCUCUUGGCAUGGCAAAGUUACGCCAGCAUGGAAGAUACCUACGGGGAACCUAUUUAGAAUCGUUUAAAUCUAAAUUAGAAUUAUAUCAUUCCAACAAAUGGAUAAAAGUUAUGAGUGGACAGGAUGCCAGUUCAUUCCAUUCAACACUGUCUUUCCUCUCUGGUUUUCUUCCACAGAAACACCUCCACAGAGUAAAUAUUGAAAAAGUAACAAACAAUCUGUGUGACAUGUCACAGACUGACUGUCAGUGUCCACGUAUAGCUCGCUCUGCUUCUUUUUCUUUGGACAAUGUCUCCACUCACAUACAAGAAUACCAACCUGAACAUCCUGACCAGUCAUUCAGUAAUUUUUUUGACAAUUUCUCAAAAAGACAUACCAGUGCUGUAGAAGCAUUUGGUCAGCUUUCUCCUCUGAUAUGUGAUGAAUCUCUUCCCUCGAUAGGUUGUCGUGGUAACCGUUGCUGGAAUGUAUCCAGGUCACAUGUUAUUAAUUUUUUUCAGGCCGUAGACAAGCAUAUGAAGAAAUGGAUGAACCACAUUCCUAACAUUGAACACAGUCGUUUCCAUGCUUAUCCAUUUCUGAAUUCAUUAUUGCAGACCUUUAAGAACUUUCAUCCUGUGAGGUCUCCAAGGUUUUUCGUUUACACCAGUAAUGAGGAGUUCAUGCUUCAAGUGUUGACAGCCAUAGAGUAUAAAUUAGACAAAUUUCCACGUCCAGGGUCACGUCUUGUCUUUGAACUCUUGUCAACAACAGAGAAUCAGAAGAAAAAGUAUUUUCUGCGUGUGCUUUUCAAUGGCCGUGAUGUUACUACAGACAUUCCUCUCUGCAGACGUCGUGACAGUGAUAGAAUUUGUCCGCUAAAAUAUUUUGUAGAUUAUCACAGUUUGAAUUUUAGGAACAUGUUUUCACAGUCAAGCUACACAGAAAGGUGCAUGCUAUAACAACAGAUCUGACCACAGGCGUCUACAUCUGGUUAGUAUUGAUAGAAAUAUUAGUCCCUACUCCUACUCUAUCAACAAGGUGUAACACUUGAAAUGUCAAAAGUGGGGGUGAGCUUCGAUUCACUUUUAAUUUAAGUUCAAUCCGAGUAAACUAUCAAAGGCACACAAGCUUCAGUAAUGUAUCUUGGUUUAAAAUUCUUAAAUAUCAACACAUUUUAUUCUUUCGUCGUGUGACAAUGAUUAAAAGAUGAGAAGCGGUUGUGAUAGCCGAUGAUGCAUUGACUGUGGAAGAAAAGUAGGCUAUAUAUUUUGGAGAGGUUUUGCAACGGGCAAUCUGAUGGGUCAACAGCUCUGUGACUAUACAGACUAUGAUCGUCGACCAAUCAGACUCUCCCUUUUAAAACAGUUCUAAUAUAGAUAAGCCUCUUCUGUUCCACAGUCGAUGCAUCAUCCAAUCCUAUAAGUGAUAAGCCUUGUUGAUGUAGUAAGCAUAGAGGCUAAUAUUUUUUACUAUUGAUACUAAUCUGAUGCCGACGCUUGUUAUCUUACUUAGUGUAUUUGCAAUAGUUAGUGCCCCUCCCCAAUAACUCUCUUUUUUAUUGAUAUAAAAGAACUUUUCCACUUUUUUAUUCUGGACCAACUGAAUAUAAUUAAUAACAAUUAUUACCUCUUUGCCUGUGGAUUAACAUACAAGUUUUCUCUCAGCCCAGCUGCCAUGCAUUAGAUAUGUCAAUUUUUGUUAUUUCUAUUUUAGAUUCAAUUUUUUUCUAUUUCCCAAGUUUCAUAUGUAUGUUGGCAUUAUCAGUUUCAUUCGAUACAGUACAUUCUGUCAAUUAAAAGGGUUUCUAUGACACCUGUUUGUAUCAAAGAAAAAUUAGUGGUGGAAAUAGGUUUUGUGCUCAUGGGUAAUUCAUGGGACAUUAAGGGACAUACAUUUAGUAGUGGAUAGUGAUGCCAUAUGCUUGUAUUAAACAAAAGUAAUGUAGGUAUCUUUGGGGCCAAAUGUCUCACAGAAUUUUUUAGUCUUCUUCCUUUUUUUAUUGCCAAGGGCGCUAAUUAUUGCAAAUAUGGUACCAAUAAGAAAAUAAGAUAUAUGUGUAACUGGCACCUGGGUGUCUGUCUAUCUCUGUGUGCAUGACCAAUAUCUAUGUGAGAGCAACUUUCAAUUUCUUUUGGUGAUUGUGUAGGAAUAUUGAGCUUUCUCCUGGAUCUCGCAUGAAAAGAUGAAUAAACUCUUUUCUGUUUCAUUCUAUGUCUAGCAGCAUAGGUUUAGCUUAAAGCUGAAGAAAUUCAUAGCCCCAAGGUGGUGGGAUGGGGGUUAUAGAAAAUAUUCGGUGAAAUAUUUUGAACUUGGACAAUGUUGUUUUACCUGGAAGAAAAUGCUUACAAUUUUUGAAGACCGACAAAUGUAGAGUGCCAAUUGUGUGCUGAUUAGUGUGGUCGAAUUAGCAAGUAUGAGGAUAAAAAUGUCCUGUCUGGUCUCUCUCAAUCUUAUACUGACACCCAGGUAACGCCUGAUCUCACGGACUGAUAAUGUACAUCAUGUCUGUAUGUGAAAAUGUUUAAAUUUUGUAGAUUGAAAAAUGUGUGUUUUUGUAAUCAAGGUUUAAAUGUUUUUGUUCGGUAUCGUAUAAUGAAAGUAUACAUGUAAGCCUCUUACUUUUUCAGUAUUAUGCUUUUCACGUUAAAUUUUAAGAUUAUAAUUUCAUAUUUUGAAAAUUUUUGAUGUACAUGAUGAGAUAUUUAUAUCUCAUAUAUAUCUUCUUUUUUUUUUACACGAUUCCAAAUUGAAAAAAUUGAAAAAAAGAACUUCCGAAAAUAACUUACCAGUUAAUAUAAAAAAAAGUUUUACAAAAAAAUAAAAGGAAAAAAUUAUAAAAGCUUGAAAAUGCCUUGAAUUUGAUAUGCCGAUAUUUGUAUGAACAUUUGAUUAAAUCCACAAACUUGUAUUUUAAAAAUCUGGUGCAUGUGUAAGAAAGGAUUUAAAUUUGGAUUAUCUCCCUUAGCUUAUGAAAGCUAAAAAAGCCAUAUGUACAACUCUUUUAUUGUAAUCAUUAUCAUCACAUAAACUAUAGAAAAAAUAUAAAUCUAUAUAUUGACCAUUGGUGACGAGAAUAAGUGAAUAUCAAGUGUCUGUCUAGAUAACUCAUUUGUGACUGUAUGUGACUAAGUGUCUAGUGUUAUUGGUAGUGUCAGUGAAUUGUGUUCGGUCACGUGUCUCCAACUCUUCAAAUACAUGUGUGUGGUUGAGUGGCACAGUGGUAACACACUUGCAUUUUUCGUAGGCGGCUGUGGUAAGAUUCCACCGAUCAGACAUGAAAAGGUUUAGGGUCACAUGCCCGACCACUUUGGUUUCCCCGGGUUCUCCAGUUUCCUCCCACUGUAAAACCGGGCAUAGCAGAAUUCCGUCUGGGUCAACAAAACUGAUAAAGUUGAUAUAGCUUGUUGUUAAAAAAAAAAUAGUUUACAAUUUCAACGAGAUGUAUAACCCACAUAGGGAAAGGGAAGUUUGAACAUUUUAUGGUGCUGUGCUUUGCUUUAUGUCUCUAACUAAUUUGGUGUUUUGUUUUAACGAAACAUUAGAAUGAAAGCCUUAUCAUAUCAAGUCCCAGCUUAUUUCAAAAGAUUUUAGAAUAUUACUUGAAUUUUUGAGAUGAUCCCUGUUCACAUUCAUAGCUUACUCUCACAGUUGAUGGAAAUGUCUGAAAAAAGUGUUUCAUGGUAACUUAAAUAGUCCAGUUAUAUGUGCCAUUCAGAUGUUGCAAUGUUUUGUUUAUCAGUUAUAGUGUUUUAUGUUAAUAUGUACUUUCAGGUUUUGAAUAUUAGGUAGGUUACAAUGUACAGAACAAAUCUUUCCAAAAAAGAAAGGAAACCAAAAACUAUACAUAAAGAUUUAUAGCAACUUUUGUGAUGUUUCACUCUCUCAUUUUCCUUCUUUUCGUUUCUCAAUUGAAUAAUUGAUGUGUACUUUUGUUUGAUUUUGACCAGUAUCAACUUACAUGUUUCAAGUCACUGCUUGGAAAUGAUAGGAAAGUGCUGGUUGGAAUAUUAUGUAUAUAUUGUAUAUAUGUUUUCCUUCUAACUAUGCUUUUCAAAAUUGAUUGCUUCUUCAUUUCCUCAUAAAUUAAGAGUUUAUCUUUCAAAAUAACCUUCAUAUAUUUGGUUUCCGGAUUUUAGAAGAUGCACGAUUUAAUAUUAUAGCAAUUUGAUCUAAUUAAGAGUUAACUUGAUUUUUGUGAGAGAUGCAGGCCCUUUGUGGCUUUUGCCUACAUUCAGUUUGUUAUUGUGUGUGCUGCAGGUGUGUGUUUUUUUCUUUCUUUUGUAUUUUUUAAUCACAUGUACCCAGGAAGUCAAUCACAGUAAGUUAAGACAUAUAUCUUGUUAUUUUAGGCUAUGUUUUUUGUAGUCUAAAAAUGAGCGCAAGAAGUGCUAUUUUUAGAUAUUGUUAUUUUGGACUAUCCUUUUGUAGUCCAAAAAUCAGCAUAAGAUGUGCUAUUUUUGGAUUGUUGAUUAAACCGAUCUUAUUGCAUAAUUUAUGGGCUAUGAUUUUGUAGUCUAAAGAUCAGCAUAAGAUGUGCUAUUUUUAGAUUGUUGAUUGUUAUUAAUUGAAUAUGUCAAGACUAUGAUUUUUAUAGUCUAAAAAUCAGUGUGAGAUGUACUAUUUUUAGAUUAUAUAUUUUUGCUUUUUUGUUUAUUUAUUGGUAUUAUGGAUAUAUUUUUUAUCUAUUUCAAUCAAUUUUUUAUGAUAUGUGCCACCAGACUUAUUGUUUUUGAAUGAACUGAGUCAAUAAUGUCUUUCGUUCCUGUAGAGAAAGAUGAAACAGUGUAAUGUUUAUUCCUUGGUCAUGAUGUCUUCUUGUCCAUUAAAUUAAUAUAAAUAUAUAUACAUGUACAUACACAUGUAUAUUUUAAGGUCAAGAUUGCCAUUUUUUAAGUUUCAGUACUAUGUAUCUAAUGUUUUACUGCCUCAGAGUGCAUACAGUUCUGAUAAACCUUGAAUCCUUUGGUCUUGAAAAGUCUUGUAUCCUUGCCAUUGGUCUUGAAAAGUCUUGUAUCCUUGCCAUUGGUCUUGAAAAAUCUUUACUUCUGGUCUGUGGUCUUGAAAAGUCUUGAAUCCUGGUCAUCAGUCUUAAAAAGUCUUGAAUCCUGGUCAAUUGGUCUUAGAAAGUUUUGUAUCCUUGCCAUUGGUCUUUAAAAGUCUUGAAUCCUGUAUUGCCAGAGCCUUGAAAAGCCUUGAAUUCUGCAUUGUCAGUGGCCCUGAAAAGCCUUGAAUCAUGGUCUUUGGCAUUGGAGAACUUUGAUUAUCUUUGUCAGUGGCAUUGAAAAAUUAGUAGAAUGAUUUUGAUGUUUGAACUCAAAGGUGACAAUUAAUUCUAAAGCAAAUCACAUUUUUUCUUACAAACUUGUAGACCGCAAGAAAAUUAAAAAAAAAUUAAAGCAUAACAAAUUACACUGUGUGAAGUGUAGAUGUUCCAAAAAUUGCUUACAUAAGAUUUCAGGGAUAUUUCAAGACCUUGAGUGGCUUUAAAGUUGGUUGGCCAGAUCUACAUGCACCCUACUUGAAGCAUAUGUAUCUGGUAACUUUAUAAGCAUCACAAAUUCUGUAAAGAAAGUAUUUGCGUUCAGUUAAAAAGCAAACACUUGAAACCAAUAUAAUUGCUUGAAAUGCACUUUAAUAAAAAGAAAAAUUCACAAUCCAAGCUUGAAUUGCGAAAAUUUAUAGCAUUUAUCUAAAGUUAUUAGUUAAAGAUCACCAUUUCAGAAGAAAUAUAAGCUGUCACUGCCCAUGGAAACAGAUCUAUUCAUUAUUUUAGAAGGUACAAAUAUUUUAUUUAAAUCUCAGGAAAUAGUUGUACUUCACAAUUAUCAGUAUUCAUUGUUAAAAACUUAUUGAUUACAUUGAAAUCCACAAAGUUACUUUAAAAUUAAUGCCUGAAUAGAAGGUAGUUUUGAUUACACUGUGGCCUCCAUUCAAUUGCAAUGAACAUAAUUUUGAUUUUUCUUUUGCAUUCAUUUUGCCGGAUAUUGUUAACAAAAAUCAUCACCUGGUUACAUAAUGCACACAAGGAAACGUGUAAGAAAAUCGUUAAUUUAUUCGCAUUACUAAAGUGGUAUCUGGAAAAAGAAGGGUUUGAUGGACUGUAAACGUAGAUAUUUUUGGUAAUUGUUGCACUGUUUGCGGUGGGAUCAUUGUGCUAUAUCUUUGUACUUAUUACAGAUUCUAUAGCUAUUAGGAAAAAGUGUUGAUGCCCCAAUCCACCAUCAGCUAAAUGGAAAAAACUUUCUAAUGCCCCAAAAUAACAACAUUUACAGUAUGUGAUUAAAACAAAUUGCUGAUAAAAAAAAUGGAGAGAAAAAAAAUUACCUCACAUUCUGGUAUCUGGUAAGAUUUCAGUUCAAAGUCGUUCAAAUUAAAAGAAAAAAAUAUAAUGAUUGCUUUAAAAGUUUUGAGAAUUUUUAAUGAGUGCCUUAAUCUGUAGAUGUAUUGUCUAACACAAAGUUAUACACUACCAUUAUUGUGAUACACUACCUGAAUGUUAUUGGCCCUAUAGGAGUCAAAUUGUAAAAUGUAACAAUACUAAUACCUAUUAAUUUUGCAUAUUGUAUGCAUGUGAUUAUAAUCUGAAUCUCAGUUAACAUUGUUUUAUUGUCAGAAAUUUGCAAAGUUCUAGAAAUACAAAAAAUGUUUAAUUUUGAAAUUAUUGUAUUAAGUAAUGGUUAUGUUACUUGUAUGAAGUAAUGGUUAUGUUACUUGUAUGAAGUUAUGGUUAUGUUACUUGUAUGAAGUAAUGGGUAUGUUACUUGUAUGAAGUUAUGGUUAUGUUACUUGUAUGAAGUAACGGUUAUGUUACUUGUAUGAAGUAACGGUUAUGUUACUUGUAUGAAGUAACGGUUACAUUACUUGUAUGAAGUAAUGGGUAUGUUACUUGUAUGAAGUAAUGGGUAUGUUACUUGUAUGAAGUUAUGGUUACGUUACUUGUAUGAAGUAAUGGUUACGUUACUUGUAUGAAGUAAUGGGUAUGCUACUUGUAUGAAGUAAUGGGUAUGUUACUUGUAUGAAGUAAUGGGUAUGUUACUUGUAUGAAGUAAUGGGUAUGUUACUUGUAUGAAGUAAUGGUUACGUUACUUGUAUGAAGUAAUGGUUACGUUACUUGUAUGAAGUAAUGGGUAUGUUACUUGUAUGAAGUAAUGGUAUGUUACUUGUAUGAAGUAAUGGUUAUGUUACUUGUAUGAAGUAAUGGGUAUGUUACUUGUAUGAAGUAAUGGGUAUGUUACUUGUAUGAAGUAAUGGUUAUGUUACUUGUAUGAAGUAAUGGUUAUGUUACUUGUAUGAAGUAAUGGGUAUGUUACUUGUAUGAAGUUAUGGUUACGUUACUUGUAUGAAGUAAUGGGUAUGUUACUUGUAUGAAGUAAUGGUUAUGUUACUUGUAUGAAGUAAUGGUUAUGUUACUUGUAUGAAGUUAUGGUUACGUUACUUGUAUGAAGUAAUGGGUAUGUUACUUGUGUGAAGUAAUUGGUACGUUACUUGUAUGAAGUAAUGGUUAUGUUACUUGUAUGAAGUAAUAGUUAUGUUACUUGUAUGAAGUAAUGGUUCUGUUACUUGUGUGAAGUAAUUGGUACGUUACUUAUAUGAAGUAAUGGUUAUGUUACUUGUAUGAAGUAAUGGUUACGUUACUUGUAUGAAGUAAUGGUUAUGUUACUUGUAUGAAGUUAUGGUUACGUUACUUGUAUGAAGUAAUGGGUACGUUACUUGUAUGAAGUAAUGGGUACGUUACUUGUAUGAAGUAAUGGUUAUGUUACUUGUAUGAAGUUAUGGUUACGUUACUUGUAUGAAGUAAUGCGUAUGUUACUUGUAUGAAGUAAUGGUUACGUUACUUGUAUGAAGUAAUGGUUACGUUACUUGUAUGAAGUAAUGGGUAUGUUACUUGUAUGAAGUAAUGGUUACGUUACUUGUGUGAAGUAAUGGGUAUGUUACUUGUAUGAAGUAAUGGUUACGUUACUUGUGUGAAGUAAUGGGUAUGUUACUUGUAUGAAGUAAUGGGUAUGUUACUUGUAUGAAGUAAUGGGUACGUUACUUGUAUGAAGUAAUGGUUACGUUACUUGUGUGAAGUAAUGGGUAUGUUACUUGUAUGAAGUAAUGGGUACGUUACUUGUAUGAAGUAAUGGUUAUGUUACUUGUAUGAAGUAAUGGUUACGUUACUUGUAUGAAGUAAUGGUUAUGUUACUUGUAUGAAGUAAUGGGUACGUUACUUGUAUGAAGUAAUGGUUACGUUACUUGUGUGAAGUAAUGGGUAUGUUACUUGUAUGAAGUAAUGGUUACGUUACUUGUGUGAAGUAAUGGGUAUGUUACUUGUAUGAAGUAAUGGGUAUGUUACUUGUAUGAAGUAAUGGGUACGUUACUUGUAUGAAGUAAUGGGUAUGUUACUUGUAUGAAGUAAUGGGUACGUUACUUGUAUGAAGUAAUGGUUAUGUUACUUGUAUGAAGUAAUGGUUACGUUACUUGUAUGAAGUAAUGGUUAUGUUACUUGUAUGAAGUAAUGGGUACGUUACUUGUAUGAAGUAAUGGUUACGUUACUUGUGUGAAGUAAUGGGUAUGUUACUUGUAUGAAGUAAUGGUUACGUUACUUGUGUGAAGUAAUGGGUAUGUUACUUGUAUGAAGUAAUGGGUAUGUUACUUGUAUGAAGUAAUGGGUACGUUACUUGUAUGAAGUAAUGGGUAUGUUACUUGUAUGAAGUAAUGGGUACGUUACUUGUAUGAAGUAAUGGUUACGUUACUUGUGUGAAGUAAUGGGUAUGUUACUUGUAUGAAGUAAUGGUUACGUUACUUGUGUGAAGUAAUGGGUAUGUUACUUGUAUGAAGUAAUGGGUAUGUUACUUGUAUGAAGUAAUGGGUACGUUACUUGUAUGAAGUAAUGGGUAUGUUACUUGUAUGAAGUAAUGGGUAUGUUACUUGUAUGAAGUAAUGGGUAUGUUACUUGUAUGAAGUAAUGGUUAUGUUACUUGUGUGAAGUAAUGGUUACGUUACUUGUGUGAAGUAAUGGUUACGUUACUUGUGUGAAGUAAUGGUUACGUUACUUGUGUGAAGUAAUGGUUACGUUACUUGUAUGAAGUAAUGGUUACGUUACUUGUAUGAAGUAAUGGGUACGUAACUUGUAUGAAGUAAUGGUUACGUUACUUGUAUGAAGUAAUGGUUACGUUACUUGUAUGACGUAAUGGUUAUGUUACUUGUAUGAAGUAAUGGUUACGUUACUUGUAUGAAGUAAUGGUUACGUUACUUGUAUGAAGUAAUGGUUGUGUAUGUUACUUGUAUG